GUGCCUAUGUGGGAAGACAUUUUAAUUGUUCACUUUUAAUUUUAAAAAAGACUUGUUGGAUAACUUAUUCUCAAAAAUUUUUCAAUUUUUUAAUGGUUGUUAUUUGUUAUUGCAAUUAUAUUUGUAGUUAACUUUGUUUUGGAAUUUUCGACAUUAGGAACUGUUUAUAUUACGUACCGUUUUAUUACAAGACUUGCCGUCACUUGCGCUAGAAAUGGAGAAUCCUGGAGUACGGAAGCUGCGAUCCCGUGUAAUAUACAGUCACCAGGAGAAGCUGGAUUCACCGGAGAUACCUUUCAAACCCGCACUUCCCAGUACCCCGAAGAAGCCAGUGACUCCUUUGAAAAUCAGCGCUGCAGAAACGACUGCUGCCAGCGCGCCUUUGACUCCUUUGAGUGUGAAGAGAACCCUGUCGACGCAACAGGUGACUCCUAUCAAAGGACGGGAUUCUGAGAUGAGUCGGAUAAAAAGAUUCAUCAGUGACCAUUUAGCACAGAAAACUCCCGGUGCCCUGUACGUUUCGGGGAAACCGGGAACAGGGAAAACGGCCUGCAUUAAUGAGAUCUUCAGUGAGCACAAGGGCCUUAAGUAUUCCAUAAAUUGCAUGGGCAUUGAUAAUCCGAAAGGAGUAUAUCACGAAUUAUUGGUGGAGAUGAACCAGCCGACCAAAGGAAAAUCUCCAGCGAAAUCUCCGCGGAAGCAUCUCGAUUCCGUAGCACAGUUGAAGCGCGUUCUCACAGAUAAUAAAAGACCCAUGCGACUUGUUCUUCUCGAUGAAAUUGACCAGUUGAAAACUAAGGAUUUGGAUGUGUUCCGGCAAAUAUUUCUAUGGCCUACUUUACCCAAUUCAAGAAUUAUCCUAAUUGGUAUUUCCAAUGUUCUGGAUUUUGUCAGCAGUUUAAUCCGCAAACUGGACUUCCCUGCUGGUUUCACACCGGAUGUGCUGCAUUUUGCGCCGUAUACUGUCGGCCAGAUAAAAUCCAUCCUCAGUGACAGGAUGGAUGAGGCCGUCGAUAAAGAUUCGUUGAAUUUCGACAAGGGCGCUCUGGAAUUGUGUGCUCGAAAAGUCGCUGCAACAACCGGCGAUAUUCGGACGGCUUUAAGCGCGUGUCGGCGCGGAAUUAACAUGGCCGAGAAUCAAUUUAAAAAAAUGCGGCUCAAUUCAGAUUUACCUGACCUACCAAACGAAUUAAUAAAGUCUUCUCCAUCUGUGAUCGAAGUGAAAAGUUCCCAUAUUCAAAUGGUGAUGACGGAACAAAGCAGUGCCAGCGAUGUUGGUGUGUUGCCUUUACAGCAGCGAAUUCUUAUUUGCUGCGCUAUUCUUUUGCUACGCGGAAGAAAAUGCUUGACCUUGGGACUGUUGACCGUUCAGUAUAAGAAAAUUUGCCCUACGUACGGAUUACCUGAAUUGACCCCGGCAAAUGUAGCAGAUCUGUGUGAAGUGUUGGCUGCUAACGGCGUUUUUUCCAUUAAACGAGGAAGCAGAUUGUGGGAUUCAAAGGUGAUUUUGAUCCUGUCCGAAGAGGAUGCGGAAUUUCACUUUGCUGGAAAGGCACUGUUAGGUGCAAUUCUGAAUUCUUCCAUUUGCUAGAUACGAGCUGCGCCAUUUGUACCGCUUAACGCUUUUGCGCCGUCAUUGUUACGUUAAUUUUGUUCCCGUUCUUUCCUGCUUUUGAGGUUUUCAAUGUACAUAGGUGAUGUUUUCAGGUUUUAAAGUGAUUUGUUAUUUAUUUGUUGUGCAUGCGAUCAACUGUUACUUCAGCAUUUACAUACCCGUAUGCUACCAGGAUAUAAAAAGCUUAAGUUGAUAAAAACUGAUCAAGUCAACUGCAAGAAAGAAAACGAAUUUG